AUGAGCGACAGCUCUAUAACUGGCCCUACGUCCCAUGACGGCCACGCUGGCCACGGCACCCCCAAAGAUCAUUUCACGCGUGAUGAUGCACUUACGCCAGAUAGGCGUUGGUAUGCGGAUCAAGAGCAUUCUUCCCGCAGCGGUGACGAGAACGUCACCGCUGGUGAGGAAAUCAACACACAGAACGAAGAGCUAGACCCAGGUAACGAAACUGCCAGACUCACGCAUGAAGUGCAACUCCAGCUUGAAGAGUAUCUUCACCGGCUGCGCGCUCUGGAGCGUUCGUGGAAGGCGCCCAGCCUUGUCUUUCAUGGCAGUUUCGGACCCAGUGGCGACGAUAGCCCCUGGCGCAGGUUACGUCAUCGUGAUGGCCCCGAUAACUACGGGUUUUUGGCUUCCAAAAAUGAGACGGCGAACCUCAUCAAAACACUCAGGAAUUUCCGCGUCCCAUCCUUCGCUCAUGCCGCCCUCGAGCUCAAGCAGACGACGUUGGAACUGGCUGAAGCUCUUGAUCAACGGCAUGAACGGGUCGCAAAAGAGCAGUGGUGCGCGCAUCAGUUGCAGAUGCGGCUCUAUCAUCAGGCGAAGAUGCUCAAGAUUGACACCUCGUCGCACUUCUUCAACUUGUCUGGUCUAUCAGCGUCGCAUCUGAUGAGCAUGCUGUCUAUCAUCGCGGUCUACUACUUUCGUGGACUCACGCGCGAUGCAUCCCAUUUCCUCCUCGAAGCUAUCGGGAUGAUCAUGGUGGAAUGUGUUACUGGCUUCUGCGUCACCCGUGGGAUCGAUUGCACGAACGUCGCCGACGCGGUUUUGGGUGACUGGAGUGUGGACAUCCGGACGGUGAUGAAGAGGUUCAACCUCCUGCCGGAGUUCGUCGAAUGGGCGGCUUGCCUGCAUUGUCACGCUCUACACACAAUCGACCCUGGACGGCACGAUUUCGUGGAGAUAUGUGGCUACCGAGGGUGCACAGGGCACCUAUUUCGCCAUUCCAUCGACAACGUCAACGCUCUCAUAACUCCACUCUCCCCGUAUAGAGUCCAGACCCCGAGCACCUGGAUCGGCAGACUGCUGUCUAGGCCGAGGAUAAUCAACAGCCUCAUCACGCACGCGAGUGCCAGCGUCUCUGGCAUGGAACACGACUUCUGGCACGCCUCGGCGCCCCGAGAAUUCCUCGACCAUGACGGUAGACCGUUCUUCAGAGCCGCCCUAGACGCCGGGGAAAUCCACCUCGCUUUUGGCCUUUUCGUUGAUUGGUUCAACGCUUUCGGAAAGCGAUCCAGUCGUGGUCACUCUUCCGGGGUUUUGUAUCUUGUCUGCUUCAAUCUGCCUCCUGAACUCCGCUACCGCGUUGAGAACAUGUGCCUCAUCGCUGUCAUCCCGGGCCCGAAGGAGCCGGCCCUUCAAGCUCUCAACCACUACCUUGCCCCUGUGGUGGACGACCUUCUGUCCUUGUGGAAGCCUGGAGUGGUCCUGAGUCGCACGGCCACCGCUGUCGAAGUGCUCGUACGCGGAGCGCUUCUUCCUCUCAUCGCGGACACCCCCGCCAUCAGGAAGGCUCAAGGGACGUUAUCCUUCAGUUCCAAGGUUUCGCCGUGCAGCGUUUGCGCCAUCUCAUCGUCGGAGCUCAACGACUUCGACUACGAACAUUGGAAACGCCGCAGUUGGGCCGAGCAUAUGGAGCACGCGACGGCCUGGAGAGACGCUCCUACACAAGCUGCCAGAAAGACUCUCGAGGAUUUGACCGGCAUUCGCUGGUCUGAACUCCUACGGCUGCCUUAUUGGAAUCCGACCGUGUACGCGAUUGUCGAUGCCAUGCACAACCUCUUCCUCGGUGAUAUUGCUAGCCACCUCGAGAAGGCAUGGGGGAUGCAAUGGAUCAAACCUAGAGUCGAUCCGGACGGCGGGGGCGUAGCGACAUCCAAGACGAACGGGAGGCUUUCCCACACUCCCGACCAACAGCAGGAGAUGCUCUCCAAUAUCGUAGCGGCUUGGAAGCGGCACGAUGGGGAUUUCCUUUCAGGGAAACAUACGAGGAAGGACUACUUGCUCGCCGUCGCUCACGCGAAUAAGGUUCCCGUUUCCACAGGAGGAAGCAAGCGCGAGAUUGCGACCAUCAUGAUCGGUUGGCUUGUGAUGCAGUCUCACGACCUGCAGAUCAGGCAGCCCGAACCGCGACCAUACGCCGUGCACGUAUUUGAGGGCGACGACUUACCGGCAGAUUCUGGUCUACGCAUCCUAGAUAACGAGGAGUUGGAGGCCAUCUGGCCCAUAGCGUCUCGCAUAUCUCUUCCCACGUGGCUUAAUCGCGGCCCACAGUACUUCGGGAAGCCAGGUAUUGGCACAAUAAAGGCCGACAGCUGGCGCACCAUUGGCACGGUUCUGCUCCCCCUUGUUCUUAUCCUUCUCUGGAGUAAGGGCGGACGGCGUCAUACACACUUUCAUGCGAUACUUCUGGAUAACUUCCUCCACUUGGUCGCCGCUGUCAACCUCGCAACUAUGCGGUCGACAUCCAACGAUAGGCGGAUGAGCUACCUAGAGCAUCUACAGAAAUACGCCCGCGGCCUCGUGCACACGAUACCGAACUACCCCGUCCCUGCCAAUCUACACCUCAGCUUUCACAUUCCGGAGAUUCUGGAGCUAUUCGGGCCUGUGCGUAGCUGGUGGACCUUUCCGUUCGAGCGCUAUAUCGGUGUCAUGCGACGACAUACGAACGGUAAAUCGGGACAGUUAGAGAUGACUUUUUUUAACGCAUUCACCAGUGCCUGCAAUCUGCGCAUCUUGAUGGAGGACAUCACGGACUCGGGUUUGAUACCUUCCUUCACGGCUCUAUUCAACCGCUUCUUUCAGAGAGAUGUUGCAGGGACGGGUUCACGCAAGCCUGCGCCUGCGCAAAGGCGCCAAGGGAAGCUCACCCUUCACGAGGCCACGCUCCUCGCCCAUCGACUCAAUGGGUCUGCCGUACACACUCGUUAUGCUGCCUCUGCUACCGCGAACUGCGUCCAAGUUUCGCGCAACGUCACCAUGCUAUCAAGUUUCUCGCUCAAGGAGACCACGUUUUCGGACAGCACCAGCUCCCAGACCAACUGUGACGUUAUUGCGCACGUCUCGAGCCUGCCUGGCGCGCGCGAAGAAGUAGCCGGAAGGAUCACUGCGAUCUUCGAACAUACCCGCGUGAUUGAUAACGGGGCCAAGGUCACUGAAACCUUCGUCGUAUUCCGCCCUUUCAUGCAUUUGUCGCCGGCAGAGGCGGCAUGCGAUCCGUUCCGAACUUUCACCGGGUUCAACGCACGUUCAUACAGGAAUCAACUGUCGAAAGAUGCAGUCAUCAUCAAGGCGAACGACCUAGUCGCGCACUUCGCCGGCCUUCUUUACAAGAUGAAACCUACAGUUGAAGGCGGGCAUCCGGGGGAGCAGACCCUAUUCCUGAUUGAAGAAGAUACGAACUUGCCCGGCCAUCGUCUGCCGGAAUACAUCGCUGUACUUUCGUUAUGCAGGGAUUGA